AUGACACACUCGGGUCUCGUCCGGUCUCGUCCGGAGUACUCGUGUUAUCCACUGACUCGUGUUAGUCAUGACACGGGGUCUCGUCCGGAGUACUCGUGUUAUCCACUGACUCGUGUUAGUCAUGACACAGGGUCUCGUCUGGAGUACUCGUGUUAUCCACUGACUCGUUUUAGUCAUGACACUAAGGGUCUCGUCCGGAUUUUCCAAGUCAUGUGCGGUGACUGUCCGUCCGACGCCGAGCAGCGAAUGAGUCAGUGUACCAGUCCUAUUGCGCAUGUGCUAAACGUCACACAUGGCAGUAGCCCCCUCCGGUCUGUUGGCGAGAAGUGCAGAAUCCUGAAGCAAAUUCCUAUGUGCCUGGACCAGAUUCUGUACGAAUGUAAGGGACACACGGACAUAGCGCCAAUCAUGAGCAUCUUGAAGGAACAAACCUACAGAUGGAAGCACAAGUUUGACAAACUCUGUUCCAUAGCAACGGAGUCAUCGGCAGGUCAUAACCAAAUGCUACAAGCAACCGUGGCUGUUUUUACCAUACUAACAUGUAUACUUAGACCAUGUCUCUUAUGACGCCGCAUGUGACGUCAUACAAGAUGAUAUGCCCACUGUCUUUCUCUCAUAUUAAGUAUCUUCUCUUCUUUCUUUCUUUCCUUUUUUUUUUCUUGUCUGUUUAAUUUCUUUUCUUUUCUUAAAAAAAGAAAAAGAAAAUUAUUUUAUUUUACAGGUUUGUAGUAUGAGAAGUUAUUAUUCACAUUCAAGUAC